AUGGACGGAUCAGCCGAAAUCGACGCGUUGGUCAAUUCGUCGAGAGACAUGAUGAUGAUGACAAAACAUGGUUUUUCCGUUCGAUUCCAAACCCAUUCAAUCAGUUUUUGCAGGAGAAAACAAUCUGGACAACAUGCUGAGCAGAGCGCAUCGAGUGGCCGCCCGUAUUUCGUCCAUGUACAAAUACGAGAAAGUACUACAAGACAUGCAGAGUAAUUCUGAUCGGCUCGGCUGAAAAGGAACGUUUUGUGUGAUUUACAGGUCUGACGGUAAACGGCAACCGGCGGAAAUUGAUUCUGAACGAUUUGCAAAGGGAAAACAAGCAGAUUAUGGCGCUUCAGGACGAGAAUCGGCAGUUGAGAGAGACGACGGAAGAGUAUUUGACGACGAUGCGCGAUAUUCUGGAGUCCCACGCCGAGCUGGAGGCCACCAUUCUUCUGUAAAUUUCCCUGUAUUCGAUAAAAUUCUAUCUAAAUACGUUUCAGACGUCGUGAACAUCACGAGAUCGACGACAUCGACAACAUCAUCUUUGAGAUGGCCAACACCGAAUUGGAGAAUAGUCUGAAGUACGUUCAGAAGUUAAUAAAUCGGCGAAUUGUUAUGAUUUACAGAGAGAAAGCUCUGAAAAUGGCAGAAAUGAUGGACGAUUUGGAGAAAGUGCGGAAGGAGGAAAAUCGAGAAUUGGCGUUGGCCGUUCAGAGAAACAAGAAUUACAAGUGAGCAAUUUCUCGGGAAUUUUCGAAAACAUAAUUUUUGCAGAGAGCUCUUCAAAAUGGCUUGUUUUUCGAGUCCCGCUGCCGCAAAUGUGCUCAGAGCGGCGAUGGCAGCGAUCAGGGAGCAGACAAACGUCAAUGAUUCGGAAGAGAAGGAAAACGGGCACGAAGUAGAGAUUCCGAAGGCGUCGGAUGUUCCUGCUGCUCCAGAAGUUCAGAAUGAUGCUCCAGAAGUGUCCGAAGAGUCGGUAGAUCUCGACGAAACGAUAAUCCGUCUAAACUGA